CAUUUGAAAAGGCUUUAGGGACCUGACCAGUAUAAAACCGAGACCCCGGAGGGCAGGCAGGCAUAACCGAGCCAGAGCGGCUAGCUGGAGACUGCACAGAGACACUUGCCUGUUGGACUCUGGGAAAGUGAAGAGAAAGCAGAGGAAGAUGAUGUUCCCAAGCCUGUUAGCCCCCCCUGCCGUGUACCCCAACCUAUUGCGACCCACCCCGACACUGACGCUGCCACAGUCUAUCCAGACUGCCCUGUCCAGCCACACCAGCUUUCUCAUAGAAGACUUGAUAAGGAUCAGCCGACCAGCAGGGUUCCUGCCCAGGGCUGUCCCACCACCGAGCAUGUCCCCUCCGACCUCCGAUAGCCCCACCAGCCUGAGCGAGGUGCCCGACUUGGCCAGGAGAGAGGCUCCCACCUCCAUCUCUUCCAACAACAGUUCCACUUUCCUGAAGUUUGGAGUCAAUGCGAUCCUCUCCGCCAGCCCCAGAACCGAGACCUGCCCGGCGUUGCCCCCCAGCGUUGCCCCUCCAAAGGCCUUCGCCUUCCCCUACUUUGAAGGAUCCUUCCAGCCUUUCAUUCGCUCUUCCUAUUUCCCAGCUUCCUCCUCGGUGGUGCCCAUCCCCGGCACAUUCUCCUGGCCCCUGGCCGCCCGAGGGAAACCCCGCCGGGGCAUGUUGCGCAGAGCCGUAUUCUCCGACGUGCAACGGAAAGCUCUGGAGAAGAUGUUCCAGAAGCAGAAAUAUAUCAGCAAACCCGACAGAAAGAAACUGGCUGGGAAGCUGGGGCUGAAAGACUCUCAGGUGAAAAUUUGGUUCCAGAAUCGGAGAAUGAAAUGGAGAAACUCCAAGGAAAGAGAACUCCUGUCGUCCGGAGGGUGCAGGGAGCAGACAUUACCCACCAAGUUUAACCCCCACCCAGACCUCAGCGACGUGGGCAAGAAAUCCUCCGGGGAGGGAGAGGAGGAGCCAAUGUGUAACAGCCCCGCCCACUCAUCGCCAUAUCAAUGCCCGGAGCACAGUUUAAGACUUGACGCCCAGCUUCCCCCCUCCCCUUUUAACUCCAGCAUUGCCAGUAAACCCUCAGACUUCUCAGACUCUGAGGAAGAGGAGGGGGAACAGGAGGAAGAGAUCACGGUCUCCUAAUUACUGACCCCCCCCCCCGUAAAGACUUUGCAAAUAUGUAAAAAAAAAUAAUCUAUUUUAUACUGUAAGAUAAUUGGAGAGAGACGACUUCUUUGUGCAUUUAGUACCGAGCCGUCCCACCAUGAAAUCAUGUAAUUGCUGAUAGCGACUGGGCAAGUACUGGGGAGCGGUCCAAAACAAGGUGCCUUGGUCCACUGAUGUUUUAUAUUAAAGGGGAAAUAUACCCUAUGCAUUAGAAAAUGUAAGGAAGGAGCUGCCAUAUUGCUUCCUAUAGCGCGUUAUUGGGGUACAGCUUAUUAUGUGCACUUUGUAUUUGUUUAAACUAUACAGAAAUAAUUGUACGAUAUAUAUAUAUAUAUAUACACUAGCCUUAUACUGUACGGGCACUGAACAAUCCUUCUCUGUAUAUGACUUAGGAGCUGCCAUGUUGAUUAUUAUUUAUCUGCUGAUGAUCUUACAUUGGUCAUAGAUUGCACAGACUAUCGAUGACCACUAGUCGGUGCUGCUGUGCAUUGGUAGAGAAGGAUUGCUUCAAGGGCUAAUAACCUAAUUAGAAACAGGGUAAUUUCCCCUUUAAAAUGGACGAGCACAUGUGAUAUCUCUAGUGAAACACCAGGAGACAUUUGCACUUUUACUUACCCUUUCCUGAAUUGACUUCUAUGAUUUUGGACCCCCAGUCAGGGACUUGUAACACCCCCCCCCAGCUCUACAAUGGUUUAUUCUGGGCCGGUUCAUUCGAUGCUAUGGGAAGGUCCGACUCUCCGAUGAAGUAUUUGCUGUGGUUACACAGCCGUAGUAGCUGAACUGUACGUUACUGUACAAAGCCGCUGUAUGGGGGUUUUAUACCAGUUCUACUGUAUAGAGAAUUCCUAGGUGGGAUUUGUUUCCCCUUUUGUUUGUCCUUUUUUUCCUUGUAACUUAUGGAACGCCAGAGGUUUAUGUUGUAUAAAUGUACAGAAUAUACGUGUGGAUAUGACUGCCGAUGCCAAAUAACAAUUAGACAUGAAAAUA